AUGAAGAAAAUAGGGACGUUCAAAGUUGGGCGCCCACGCCCACCGCCUACGCCCACGACCCCUUCGCCCACGGCGUCGUCACCUAAAACAUCUGCGCAUAUGGCGAAGAAGAAGGAUAACGGCGUCACAAUCCUGGAGAUUGUCUGGACCAAUGACUUGGUCUGGCAGCUAUUGGCGCAGAUUGAACUUUCGGAGAACAGAGUCGUGGUUCUAGGCAAACGGAAGAAGGGCAAGAACACGUCAGGAGAUAGCAAAGUGACGGUAUAUCAGCACAUGGCGGCUGCCGUUUUCCCGCAAUUGCACAGCCAGAAUGCUGUUGCAAUGGGGGACCGAGUCAAACAAAAGUACAAGUACUUACAAUUCUGCUCAGCUUAA